CCCCCACCCCUCCUCUUCCUCUGCCCCCCUCCCAAACUCCCCCCCACCUUCCCCUUAGACAGCCCCUCCAUCCCCUUUCCCUCAGAUUCCCUCCCCCACACCCUGGGCUCUCUGGUUGCCCCUCCCCUGUGUGAUCCCUGCCCCUGGAGGUCUCUCCCGUCCCAUCCCCCCACGGGUUCCCCCUUCCUUGACCAGGGCAUCCUGGUCCCCCAUUUCCCCUCCCCUGCCUGAGGUCUCCCAGCCCCCUGUGCCUUCCCCUGGAUACUACCCUCCCCUCAUUGGCCCUGGGCGAUCUGUGACCUCCCCCGCAGUCUGCCUACCCCCCCAUUGUCUGCCCCCCCCCAUUGCACCUCUCUCCCCGCCCCCAUUGCCUAGGUCUCCUCUCCCCGCCAAGCGGCGGAUCUUACCGCCCGGUCCCGAUGCAGGCCGGCGGGGGUGCCGAGGGGGAGCUGGGAGGCGAGGGGGAGCGGGAGCCCCUGAACCCGGAGGCGGCGGACACACUGGGGGUCUCCCCCACCUACCGGGAGUUUGUGCGGCACAGCUACCUGGAGCUGAUGGGUGCCAACCAGCACUCGCUGCACGCCCUCAACUGGCGGCGUCUCUACCUCAGCCGGGCUAAGCUCAAGGCCUCGAGUCGCACCUCAGCCCUGCUCUCCGGCUUCGCCAUGGUGGCGAUGGUGGAGGUGCAGCUGGAGGACUAUGACUACCCACCGGGGCUGCUGAUCGCCUUCAGUGCCUGCACGACGGUGCUGGUGGCCGUGCACCUCUUUGCCCUCAUGGUCAGCACCUGCAUCCUGCCUAACAUCGAGGCCGUCAGCAACAUCCACAACCUCAACUCGGUCAACGAGUCGCCCCACGAGCGCAUGCACCGCUACAUCGAGCUGGCCUGGGGCUUCUCCACCGCCCUGGGCAUCUUCCUCUUCCUCACCGAGGUGGUGCUCAUCUGCUGGGUCAAGUUCAUGCCCGUGGCCGGCGGCGGCUGGGACGCCGCUGUGGCCUCCACCGUCAUCAUGGUGCCGGUGGGGGUGGUGUUCGUGGUGUUCGCCCUCCACUUCUAUCGCUCGCUGGUGAGCCACAAGACCGACCGGCACCAGCAGGAGCUGGAGGAACUCAGCAAGAUUAAGUACCAGCUGGACGGAGAGGCUACCGCGGUGCAAACUGUGUGAGGCCGGAUCCGGCUCCUGACCGCAGGGGGUGCCUGGAGCUGGCCGGUUCCCCCGGCUGCCCCGGGGAUGGCCAGAAGACGUUGGCGGCUCCCCCAAGCGGAGGCUGCUUGAGCCGGACAGGAGAGACAGCUGCUGGCUGGGGGCUAAUCCACAGCUGGGGUCGUUCCCAGCCGUCUCCUCCUCCUGCCUCUGCUGCUUUCGGGCUGGGUUUUCCGUCCCUCGCCACCUCAGCCGUGGGGGAAGUGGGGCUGGUUUGUCCGGCCUGACCAGGCACUGCCCAGGAGAAUCGCUCCCCGUCCCCUCUCCUUCCCGGCCAUGCUUCCCCUGCUGAGGCUGUGGUAAUGACGCCCAGCCAGCGGCUCGUCCUGGGGGGUGGGGGUGCUGUGUGGGGCACACAGGUACAGAUCGGGGGAAAGUGUAGACACAGAUACGGCCAAGCUGGGGUCUGCAGUGGGGCAUACGCACAGAUCUGGGGCUCAGCCACCAUUCGGGUACAGCGGUCCCGGAGCUGGGGUAGAUGGGGGGUGGGGGGAGUUUAUUCUCAGCCACGUUGCCGAGAUCCCCCACUAGGGGGCAGCGCUGAGGCAUCAACGGCCUCUCCAGCCUUUGGCGGCUAUGGGAGCGGGGCGCUUGUCCCUGGGCUGAGAGCCAGUCAACUCAUGUCCUACCAACCCCCCAGCCCUGUCCUGGAGGGCAAGGCCCCGUGUCCCUCUAAGCCAGCCAGUCCCUCUCCCUGGGGCUGGAUCGGUGCCAGUGCCCUGUGUCCUCUUCCCCACUGGUCAUUAAAUAAAAUUAAUGACUGACUAGCUGAUAUAGCGACCUUUGCUCUCUAACUACGGUCAGAGCUCCACUGCAGAGAACAAAACAGUAGCUAGCAUUAAUGUAGGCCCUCUGAUAAUAUGGUCCAUACCCUGUCCCAGCAGAGGACAACACCCCUUGCUAAACCAAAACAAAAGCCAGUUCUGUCAGACCUAUAAUGUCUUGUGCUUGGCUUCUAUCAAGCAGGAACAGGUACUUAAGCAGAGCAAAACAGACUAUACUUUUGUAGGACCUACGAUAUGUGGCAUUGAUUGCGGAUGGGAGGGGAGCCCAUCUUGCUUGCCGAAUCAGUGUUUUUGGUAGGACCUGUAAUAAUGUGGUGUUGCAGGUCCAGCCAGCUGCUUAACUGAAACAGCCAGCCAGUGGUCUUUUUUUUUUUUUUUUUUUUGGGGGUAGGGCCUAUAAUAUGUUGUCACACAUUCAGCCAAUGUGCAGGCAAGUAGCUUAAUGGAAACAAACUGCCAGUGCUUAGUUGUAGGGCCUAUAAUAUUGUGUACUCUGCCCUGCAGGGUGGCGAGCAGAAAUGUGUGGUUUAGCUGGAAGGACAGAACCUUUUGCAAGAGAGCCAGAGACAUUAUUAACGUCUGCAGAGCAAUUCACAGCCAUACUGCAGUGCCUUAUAAUCACCAGCAGCCUGGUGCUUGGAGGGGAGUGGGGUCUAGUGGUCAGAGCAGGGGGGUGCCUGGCCCCUCUGAUGCCGACAGUUCGAUCCCGCACCAAGGAUUGUGGCUGGCUCCAGCCCCCUGGGGUCUGCUGGUGGAUUUUCUGGUCUUUUUGUGCCUGUCAUUUUUUUGCAGUUUGUAAAUAAACGAUUGUCUUUGGCAAA